AUGGCCUCGCUGUUCAGACGGAAUAGACGCAACGAUACGGACCCAUCGCAGGAUGAGGAUGCGCAGGGCAAGAAGAAGGGCGACUGGAAGCGACCAGCGAAUACAGCGUUCAAGCAGCAACGUCUCAAGGCCUGGCAGCCCAUUCUAACUCCCAAAACUGUCCUCCCGACAUUAUUUAUCAUUGGUGUAAUCUUUGCUCCGAUAGGAGGACUGCUGAUAUGGGGCUCAUCUCAAAUUACCCAAAUCACACUCGACUACACGGACUGCAUCAACGCUGGUGCAAACUUUAGUAGCACCACCGCGUCGUUCAAAGACAUGCCCUCGUCUGCCGUCUCCUACCAGCUCAAGAACCCUAAGCAAACGUACGCAAAUCCGCAGUGGUCCUUCCAAUCCUCUCCAAACGACUCGGACCCAACAAAGAAGAUGCAGUGUCGACUGCGCUUCGAACUGCCGGAUGACCUCGCACAGCCAGUCUUUGUCUACUACAAGCUCACCAACUUUUUCCAAAACCACCGGAGAUAUGUCCAAAGUCUCGACGUUGAUCAGCUCAAAGGCAAAGCUCCCGACGCCAAUGCACUCAAUAGUGGAAACUGCCGACCUCUUGGACGCGAUUCGAGUGGGAAAGCAAUCUAUCCGUGCGGACUCAUCGCCAAUUCCAUGUUCAACGAUACGCUAAAUGAUCCCGUCCGCGUCGAAGGUAGCUCGAAUACGACGUACAAGUUUUCGCAUACGGGUAUUGCUUGGCCUGGCGAGAAGCGAAAGUAUGCUGCAAAUAGUGGUUACCAGCUCAGUCAGAUUGUCCCUCCACCUAACUGGCACGAGCGUUGGCCACAGGGCUACACCGAACAAAACCCGCCUCCGAACCUCAACACGGACGAGCAUUUCCAAAACUGGAUGCGUACCGCCGGUCUGCCUACAUUCUCCAAACUCUACGGUCGCAAUGACAACGAGCCAAUGCUCAAAGGAACAUAUGAGAUGGACGUCUACAUGAAUUUCCCAGUGUCACAGUUUGGAGGCACAAAGUCUGUCGUCAUUUCCACCGUCUCCUGGAUCGGCGGCAAGAACCCGUUCCUCGGAUACGCCUACAUCGCCGCUGCGGGUCUGUUUAUUCUCCUCGCGGUAAUCGGGUUGGUAUGGCACUGCCUCAAACCUCGCAAGCUCGGAGACAUGAACCUGCUCUCAUGGAAUCAACCUCCUGGGCGAUGA